AAUUCUUCUGGGCACUGCCAUUCUCUCGGUGCGUGCCCGUCUUCUUCCUGAAACGGACCCCAGUGGCUCCCGGCCCGCCCGGGCGCUCUUCCUUAGCCCCGCCAGCUUGAGGGCGGCGUCGGGGAGCGGGGGGCUCCUCUCGGGGCGCCGAUCAGGUCCGGGCGCCGCCGCCGCCGCCUCCGGCGUCUCCCAGGCUCGGCCUCUGCCGAGCCCGCUGCGGUCCACGUGGCUUGGCAGAGCUAAAUUCGGCUUGCAGGAAGCCCGGAGCUAAGGGAAAGCCGAGCCGGGGCGGGGCGGGCGGGGGGGGCGGGGCCGAACGGAGGCGCCGGGUCGGGAGGGGCGGGCACUGGGCGGAGGAAGGGGAGGGCCGCGCGCAGGGGAGGCGCUGACUGGGCUCUGGAGCGCCCUGGCUCCCGGCCCCGGCCGGCCUGGAAAGGCGGCACCUCCUUGGUCGCCCCGCCUUUCACUCCCGUUACACCCGGGGGAAGGUGUUCCCGAGCCCUCUCCCACCCUCACCCCGCCUCCUAGCUUCCCCGGCUCCAGCCUCCGCCGGCGGAACCCACUAUGCCAGACAGUUUCGACACUUUGCAAAGACAAAGAGCCCUAGACCGGAGGGAGGAGGAGGAGGAGGAAGAGGAGCGGAGAGAGAAGGAAGAGACGAUGUGAGCUGGGAAGGGGGCGAGUGUCUGGGACACCCACACCCCUUUAUUCUCCUCUGAACCCCCUCAUGCCCAAAUCCCGGAAACUCCAGCGUGUCUCCAGUCGUGCCGGUACCAUUUUCAGAUUUCAUCUUCCUGACCUGGAAAUGCGAAUGAGAGGAAAUUAAUAUCCCCAAGAGCUGCAGUGAGCAAACACAUUGAGCUUGGGUCAGGACAAUUCCAUUUGGGGACCAGAGAUGGACGGUCACUCAGCCUGUGGAGAUGAAGAAACUGAGACUCAGAGAAGUUAAGAGACUCCAUUGAGGUCACACAGCCGAUGACAGACAACCUUCUGUGCCUUCAUCAAGCUGGUUGCGUACCCACCGUGUCUCUGGUGACAGCAUGAGAAAGAAAAAGCCCUAAUUAAGGAUCAUCAGAAACCACAGUUGGAGGAGGACGGCAGAGACAGCUUCCCUCCCCGUUAUACCAAGACCCUUCCUUCGAGGUCCUUGCUCCUGAGGGACCCUGGACUGUCAUAGCGAUUAAUGACCCCUUAUCUUGUUUGGAUGGGAAAGGAAAUCACUGGUUAAAGCUUGAUCAGGAGACAUUAUCAGCUCUUUAAGGAUCGCAGAAGAAUAGGCUACUUUAUUUUCUGAAAAGGAGGGAGUUCUGCUACCCAUCGUGGGAGGCCGCCAUCAGAACUGCGAAGAUGGUGACCCUGCGGAAGAGGACCCUGAAGGUGCUCACCUUCCUCGUGGUCUUCAUCUUCCUCACCUCCUUCUUCCUGAACUACUCCCACACCAUGGUGGCCACCACCUGGUUCCCCAAGCAGAUGGUCCUGGAGCUCUCCGAGAACCUGAAGAGGCUGAUCAAGCACAGGCCCUGCACCUGCACCCACUGCAUUGGGCAGCGCAAGCUCUCGGUCUGGUUCGACGAGAGGUUCAACCAGACUGUGCAGCCGCUGCUGACUGCCCAGAAUGCGCUCUUGGAGGACGACACCUACCGAUGGUGGCUGAGGCUCCAGCGGGAGAAGAAGCCCAAUAACUUGAACGACACCAUCAAGGAGCUGUUCAGAGUGGUGCCUGGGAAUGUGGACCCCAUGCUGGAGAAGAGGUCGGUGGGCUGCCGGCGCUGUGCCGUUGUGGGCAACUCAGGCAACCUGAGGGAGUCUUCUUAUGGGCCUGAGAUAGACAGGCACGACUUUGUGCUCAGGAUGAACAAGGCGCCCACGGCAGGGUUUGAGGCUGAUGUUGGGACGAAGACUACCCACCAUCUGGUGUACCCUGAGAGCUUCCGGGAGCUGGGAGAUAAUGUCAGCAUGAUCCUGGUGCCCUUCAAGACCGUCGACUUGGAGUGGGUGGUGAGCGCCACCACCACGGGCACCAUUUCCCACACCUACGUCCCGGUUCCUGCAAAGAUCAGAGUGAAACAGGAUAAGAUCCUGAUCUACCACCCAGCCUUCAUCAAGUAUGUGUUUGACAACUGGCUGCAAGGGCACGGGCGGUACCCAUCUACCGGCAUCCUCUCGGUCAUCUUCUCAAUGCAUGUCUGCGAUGAGGUGGACUUGUACGGCUUCGGGGCAGACAGCAAAGGGAACUGGCACCACUACUGGGAGAACAACCCGUCCGCGGGGGCUUUUCGCAAGACGGGGGUGCACGAUGCAGACUUCGAGUCUAACGUGACGGCCACCUUGGCCUCCAUCAAUAAAAUCCGGAUCUUCAAGGGGAGAUGACGCAGUGAAGGGUGGAGGAUGGACGCACUGUCACACCUCUGCGUUUCCAGCCCCAGCAUCUUGCCGGAGCCGUUCCAUCCCGGAGCUUGGAGGGGCAGCCUCAGGUGUGUGCCCAGGCACCGCUCGCAGCCUCUUGCACCCAGCCAUUGGCAGCAUCUAUUCAGCAAGGUCACUAGGCUCUGCUGGCAUGGCAGAGCAUGUCUCAGAACCUGUCUUGAAUGGGGACAACGUCCCCCCACCGCUGCCCCAGAGCUGGGGAGGCGCUGGGAAAGGUUCAACCUCCACACACUAAAAUCAUUUUAGCUCCUGGAGCGAGCUUGGGGAACAAAUGUGGAAGAUGCCUAUAUUCUAAGAGACAGGACAGUUUCCCAGGAAGACGGGCAGAGACUUGAGUGGCGAUUCUGUCUAGCACAGAGACAUGCCAAGCGGUGUUGGCGCCCGGGGCAAGAUGCUGCCCUUCUUUGCACGAAGCCCGGCCUCUCGCUUGGCGUGAUAACCCUGUCAUCUUCUUCCCAAAACUCAUUUAUGAGCCACCAGAGGCUCCUACCCCAAAGAUUUUCACAGAAACUGGAGACCAGGUGCCAUGGCUCACACCUGUAAUCCCAACACUUUGGGAGGCCGAGGCAGGAGGAUCACUUGAGCCCAGGAGUUCAAGACCAGUCUGAGCAACAUAGUGAGAUUCCUGUCUCUACAAAAAUUAAAGAUUUAAAAAAAUUAGCCAGGCAUGGUGGCACACACUUGUAGCCCCAGCUACUAGGGAGGCUGAGGAGGGAAGAUCUCUUGUGCCCAGAAGUUUGAGGCUGCAGUGAACUGUGAUUACACCACUGCACUCCAGCCUGGGCAACAGAGUGAGACCCUAUCUCUGGGGAAAAAAAAAAAAGGAAAAGAAAAAAUCCCCAAACUUGGCGCCGUGUUUCUGACUCCUGCAGAUACCUCUUCCCAAGCAGAUGUUCCUUUGAGUAGUCCAUCUCGUGGUUCUAAUCGUGGCGAGAGCGGAUCUGACCACUUCCAUGUGCCUUUGUAUUUGGGAAAGAAAAGCAUGCAUGGGCUGAAAUGAAACAAAAGCCCUUACUUGGGAAAAGGGACCCCCACCAGCAGCCCUGCUUGCUCUCUGGCUGGGAACAUCUUUUCUGGUUUCCUGAGCCAGCACCUGAAUUGGAACAAAGCUCUGAGGAUAUUCAACAGCACCCAGCAGUGUGUCAGAAUGGAACGUACAUUCUUAUUCUCAGACUCUUCAAUAGGGUGCCCGCAACCUCCAAAGCCACACAGGAGGCUGCCAGCAGCAUUUUCCCCGAGGGCCUGAGCUCAGGGUCAAGUCCCUGCUGGCCAUCUUGGGGCUGUCACUGGGGGUCUGGGCCAAGGAUAUCCCAGGAAUGGUGACUGCCACAUACCUCAUCUUCUUUCCCCAGCUGUUCUCCUUUCCUUGUUAGCCUUCCUGAUUAUUUAUUGAUUCUUUUUUUUAUUCAACUGACAUUGUUGCACCCUGGCUCUGUUGGUGGUCCUGGUGUUUUAAUGAAGCUUGCCUCACCCAAUAGCUGGGAAACGGGGGUGUGCUUAAGGGGGGUCUGUAGGAGUCCUCAGACGUGGGAUAUUGGGGGUAUCUAGGGCUUGGAUGGUUUGUGGAAUGUCCUCAGCAUCCUCCCAUUCCAACCCAACCUUCCUUCUUCCUCAUUGUGGACUUGGAUUUAUUCUCAGGCUAGGAGUCUCCAAAACUCUGUGAAACCUUACUGCUGCUGGGUGGGGAGUGGAGAGUAACAGAAAUGUGGGAACCAGUGAUUGUUGGCUCCAGUUACUAAUGUUUAAGCAGGAAAACCACUUUUCUUGUUGAAAAUAUCCCUGAAAAGGCCGCUGCUGCUUUGAGGAGGCGUGACUUUUUCCUGGUGGAGUGUGACGGAGGCGUGAAGCCUGUGCUCCCAGGCGCAGGGGAGCCCCCUCUGCACACGGGGAGGGAGGAGCUUGGGGACAUCAGUGAUGGGUCACAGGUGGCUUCAGGCCAUUCACAAGAGUCCCCGGAAGUUGCGUGCCAAGUUUGAUUUUUUCCCUGAAUCUCUACUUAUGAGCAUUUUUCUGGAGAGAGGGUCUAUAGCUUUUAUCAGAUUCUCAAAGGUUCAGAAUGGGGAAUGUGUUAAACAGAAAACCUGUUUCAGCUUUAAAAUCCUCCAAAACUUUAAGAUUUUUUUUUUUUUUUUUUCUGAGAAAGGCUGGUAAAUCGUUGAGUCGUCAUUCAGAACAUACAGCCUCGAAGAGCAGAGUUCACAGCCAUAUAUGAGGUGAAGAACUCAGCAAACGUUUGUUGAGUGGCUGAGUGACUCCAGUGGCAGACUCCAGAUCAUCAGACACUGAAACAGAGAGUGUUGCUAUCUCCUGAACUCUUCCCUUUCUCCUAAAAGCUGAGUCUAUACAGGGAUGGCAGGCUCGGGCUUAGCAAUCGACUUCUCUGGGUUUUGCUGUGUAAGAAUAAGUCCCUCGACAUGAAAAGGCGUCUAUGUCUGAGCCACAUGCUGCCUGGGUCGAUGGCCUGGUCUCCGUCUGGUCUCCCUGUCUCCCACUAGGAUGGUCAAGCUGUGAGAUCUCUUCCAGCCUCCAAAUCCAGCUUUCCCAUUUUACUGAUGAGAGAAUCAAGGCCACAUUGCAGCUGGGUGGGGAGUGGAGCGUGACAGGCAUGGGAGAGGACAGUGAUUGUUGACUCUCGUUACUGAUGUUUAAUCAGAAAAACCACUUUUCCUGUUGAGCACAUUUCCUAAAAGGCUGCUGCUGUGUAGGGAGGUGUGGCCUUUUCCUGGUGGAGUGUGAAGGAGGGAAGUGACGGGCAGUCGUGACCUGUCUGGGACAGAUAGCACAAGUCUGAGCAGAAAUAGGAUGUUACCGGCGCUAUGUUGAAAUUGUCUGGAGGCGGGCUUUCCCAGCAAGUCUCCAUUCAGCAUGUGGAAAAAGUGUAACCAGAAUGGAGGAGUCUGACUCUCCUGGGCGCUCUCAGCACCGAGCUCUGUCCGCAGGCUGCCUGGGUGGCCUCUCAUGCCCUCCAGUGCAGGAGACCACAUUUCUCUUUCCCAUAGUCCAGCAGAUAGCUCUUAUGUUUCAUUGGCUUAGCAAUGGGCACUUCAUGGAAUAAAAGCCAGUUGUUGCAGCCAGAAUUAAAUGCACCAGUUUGGCUUAAACCAACUGGAACUCAUCCCUGGGGUGAAGGUGGCUGGGAAUUAGUGUGUGUGUUAGCCAAAGGGCAGUAUGCAUGCUGUCAGCAGGAGUACGACGAGCACUCGUGCUGGGCAGGUAGUGGCGGGGGCUCCCGCAGGGCCCUGAAUCCCAGCCCACAACUCUUUCUACUCUGCAGACAGAGAGUUCCUUGGAGACUGGCCCUGCGUUCAAGCAGAGAACAGAGGGGUCCCUGCCUGCAGCACCCAGCGCUGAACCUGAAGCUGCAAAGAUAGGCUGACGAAGUGGCCCAUGAGGUGUCAGCAACAUCCCAGCCCCCUGGGUCUCCCCAGUGAGUCAGGGCACUGAUUUGCUCUAGCUGGAGCUACAUGCACCUCCCCUCCCCUCAGCCACCUUUUAGGGGAGAAAGGAGGACAGAGUUAUAACCUCUGGUUCUCUGCAGGGAUCCUGGGCUGGAAGAAAGUUCAUAAAUGGAUGAAUACCUUUUAAAACUCUGGCUUUUCCAAACAUUCCGCAAAGCAUUUGGUUAGGCUUAGAGAGAAAAGCCAGAUAUGAGAAAAUAGAACGUAAAAUAGGGGGGAAAAACAGAAAGAAGGUGAAGAGGGCAGUUAAGGUCUGGGUGAUUCUUUAGGGAAAGGGCUGGUUGGGAGGCUUUGAUGGAAUCCCAUUCUCUGCCGUGGCCAGAAGGUGGUGCUAGAGGCCAGUCCCACCUGGAUGUGACUCUGGCCUCUUGGCAAAGGUGGAUUAAAACCACAAAGAACAUUUAGAACGGAUAUGUUUGCUUUGAAGUAGUCUGAAAAUAAAUAAAAAGAAAACCAAAAGAACUCUCUCUCCCUCCCCUGGCUAGGAUCAAAAAUGCUGUGUGCAGGGAAGUCCAAGCCUCAAGGGGCCACUGUCCAGCCAUGGACAGUGACUGCACACCAGCCAUGUGCCAUCAGGAACCAGCACCUGUCCUCGCCCCUGAGAAGAGCCCCGGGGGUAUCAUUAUAUCCAUCGUGGACAUCUGGUUUGCAGCAAAUGUGGCUACAUGCCAUCAGGAUUAUCCUGCCCUGUGAACUGGGCUAGCCAGUUUUGAGAUAGAGUCAGCCUCCCCAUUUUUGUUUGUCAUGAAAACACCAGCUCCUGCACCUCUGGGGUGCUCCCUGACACCUGUGCAAAGAAAAGGAGGAAGACUUAGAAGAAAAGGCAGAGACAGGCAAGGCAGCAUCUCACAGCUUGUCAGGAUCAGGGCAUUACUGACUUUUUUUUUUUUUCUUACCAAGAGAGCACUGACUUGCCUAUGGGCGGUGAGCCACCUUUACACCUCCUGUUCUCCCUCCCAGCCCAUCAGGCGAUCCCAUCAUCCAGCCUCAUCACUCAGCUUCUUCCUAGUACAAAACUGCCAUUGGUUGCACGUCCUGAGCUGGGGGACGUCAGCUUUAACCCUAGCCUGUGUCAGGGCCUCCCCCUUCAGCCCCCCGCCCCUUAGGGUGAUUGCAGGUUCCUUCCCUUCCUCCUGCACAAUCGCCUCCCUUCACUGAAUUCCCUUCAAAGCCAAAGUUUCUUGAGCACUUUUUCUUGUGUGCAGUCUUGUGUGUUUGGCUGUUGGUGUUUUAAAAUUUGCUUUCUAUUCCCCCUCGCCUCUCUCCAUGUCGUUGCGCAGCUGAGCACUGGUUGGGAUGCAUUCAAAUAACGUUAGCAAGAUCCUGCUUUCCUCAGCCCCUGCUCUGUUUUAUUUAUUGUUUAAUAUUUCCAAUGAUCCAAAUCAAAGUGAAUAAAUAAAGAGCUAUUUUAUCGUU